GAUGAAAUCGAGAGACGAACGGUUUGGAUUGCCCGACAACGGUCCCCUUGUGAGAAAUGAGAAAUCAAGUAUCCCGCGGAGGGCCUCGGGCCGAGGAUGUUAUUAAUGGAAAAUACACCUCCCCUGCAACCUCGUGCUCGUCCGUCCGCUCUUGCUUCUGUCUGUCACUUGCUUCCUUGUAUCCGUUGAAUGGAGAAAAUAGCGAGAUUCGUCUCAAAAGCAGAAAAGAGAGAAUUCAGAGGAAGCGCUUUCGAUUGGUGGAAAGAGAUCGACGAAUCUGACGAAUGGCAGCACAUCAUUUUCCAUACGCUCUGUGCUGCGUACGCCGUCGUCUCUUUCGUCGCGCUUGUACAACUAAUCCGCAUUCAGUUGAGAGUACCCGAGUAUGGUUGGACAACGCAAAAGGUUUUCCACUUGAUGAAUUUUAUUGUGAAUGGACUGCAUGCUUUUGUGUUUGGAUUCUAUAAGAGUGUGUUUCUUAUCAAACCAAGAAUUCUUGAAAUGGCACUGUUAGAUCUUCCGGGUCUUCUGUUUUUCUCAACAUACACGUUGCUUGUGUUAUUUUGGGCAGAGAUUUAUCAUCAGGCAAGAAGCCUUCCCAUAGAUAAACUGCGGCCUUCAUAUUUGAUAGUCAAUGGGGCUAUAUACUUAAUACAGGUGGGCAUUUGGGUAUAUAUACGAUUCAGUCCGAGUCCCAUUGCAGUUGAAAUUGCUAAAGUCUUCUUUGCAGUAAUUUCAUUCUUCGCUGCUUUGGGGUUUUUGAUAUAUGGUGGGAGGUUAUUCUUCCUGCUAAGGCGAUUCCCGAUUGAAUCCAAAGGACGUCAGAAAAAGUUAAUUGAGGUUGGCUUUGUAACUGGGAUAUGCUGUGCUUGUUUCUUGAUAAGAUCUUUUGUGGUUGCUUUUUCUGCAUUUAAGAAGGGAGCAGACCUUGAUGUCCUUGACCAUCCCAUUCUAAAUUUCAUCUAUUACAUUUUGGUGGAGAUUAUUCCGUCAGCACUGGUACUGUUCAUCCUAAGGAAGUUGCCGCCGAAGAGAGUUUCUGAUCAAUAUCAUCCAAUCCGCUGAAGCUUGAAGAAUUGUCUCCAUUGAUGAAAUUUCAGGUAUUUCUCUGUGAGAACCAUAAGCUGCUUGAUCUGUUUCUGUUUUUUCUUUUUUUUUGGUCGACGCUGCAAUCAACAGACUUUAUGAGCUUCUCAAAGGUGUCAUUUUUUUUUUCCUGCAUUUGUCAAACAACAUAAUCAUGUAAAUCAUUUGUUCCUUAACCAGAUUGGAUUUCCUUUUCA